AAGAUAUAAAAGAACUUCAGGAAGAAUAUAAUAGAGAUAUUCAUGGAAUAUUAGGAAUAACCGCUGAAGAAUUCAAUGAUAUGGGACUCAUUGAACAACAAGCAGCAGUAAGUACGCUGAUAACAGCACAAGCACACUGCAAAGAUGAACCUACAAAACAAGCAUUAUUUAAAAAACACAGAGAAUUUCUAGAAUCACAAUUAGAAAAAGUAGGAGAUAUGCAUGAUGACACAGAAAUUCAAGGAAGAAUUUAUGGAGACAUCAUCAAUACAAGAAAAAAGAAAAAACCACAAAUAUUACUGCCCGAUCCAGAAGGAAGAAGUACUUACAAACCAUAUGAACAAUAUAAUAUACCAAGAGAUAAACAAUUUGUUAAAGAAAAUGAACGAAUUGGAAUAAGAAUACCAUAUUCACCUACAGAUGAUGUAUUCUUAGAUGAAAGACUAUCACAAACCUCUAAAAGAAAUGAAAACAUUCCGCAAGGAGCAUUACCAAAAGUAACAAAAUUCUUCGAAGAUGUAAAACAAGAAAUUAAGAAUAAAUUCACAUCUAGACCAACAACACCUUCACCAUUAAGUCAACAUAUCUUAAGUAGAACACCUACUAUUGAAAAUAACAAUAUAA